UUCGCCGCCGAGCCGCCAUCGCGCACGCACGUCUCGGGCCUGUCUCCCUCUGCCGUCACCUCCUACAAGAUGCGUUACGUCGCAGCUUACCUUCUCGCCGUCCUCGGUGGCAACGAAUCUCCCACGUCGAAGGACUUGAAGAAGAUCCUCGACAGCGUUGGCAUCGAGACAGACGAUGAACGCAUGAACAAGGUUAUCAGUGAGCUGAAUGGGAAGAACAUUGAGGAUGUCAUUGCUCAGGGUAAUGGGAAGCUGGCCAGCAUGCCUGCUGGGGGAGCUGUGGCUGUGGCUGCUGGAGGAGGCUCUGCUGCUCCUGCUGCAGCUGCUGCCCCAGCUGCAGCUGAGGAGAAGAAAGAAGAGAAGAAGGAGGAGUCAGAAGAGUCAGAUGAUGAUAUGGGAUUCGGCCUCUUUGAUUAAUUAUUUGUUAGAGAAAUCAAAAUUCUUUGUUUAAAAUGGUUUUUGGAGUUUGUUGUUAGAAGAGUAGAAGUGCUCCUGGGUUUGGGCAGCUGCUCUGACAAAGCUUUGAUUGGUUGCUGGCUGAAAUAGGUAUCUGAAGGUUAUGACAAGCAGUGGACUCAACUCACUUAAAACACUCAGGGAAUGGCUGAGUUUGUGUGACCUGAAGGCUGGUUUUGCUAUGAAGUUCACCUUCCCCAUACUCUGGCAUCUCAGUUACUCAGGGAGGAGUCCCAUCUAUUCUGCAAUGGAAGGGCUUUGUUUCCCAGGAUCCAUUUAACAUGAUCCAGGGAUAACAGCAGUUAAAUGCUUGAGUGUGAUGGGAAUCGAAUCUGGGAUAAAAAAGUCCUGCUCUUGAUGGGACACAAAGAUCAGACAGCAGAGAAUGGUUU